AUGGCUACAGCCGUGGAUACUUCAUUGCCGACGCUUCUCGCAAGUCUAACUUCCUCCCUCGAGUCUGCUUCCACCGCGCUGCCAGAAUCCGCCGCAGCGCUCCCGCCGCAGGAUGGUAUAUCUCUACUUGACGUCAAGAACGAGCUGCUGCUCUCAUACCUCCAGAACUUGGUGUUCCUCAUCCUCUUGAAGAUCAGAAAUGCCUCCAGCGCAGCGACAGGGAGCGCCGAAACGGGCGAAAGCCUCGAUGAUGAGGUGGUUAAGAAGCUAGUGCAGCUACGACUCUAUCUCGAGAAAGGCGUACGGCCCCUCGAAGGCCGCCUAAAAUAUCAAAUCGACAAGGUCGUCCGAGCUGCCGAAGACGCUGACCGCUCAGCGUCCCACAAACCUAGCAACGGCGUCGCUAAACCCUCUGCACGCGAACUGAAACCGGACGCCCAUGGCGAGUCAGACGAAGAGUCAGACGAGGAAGCCAACGAUGCCGAGUCAGCCAACGCGCCUGCAGCAGAUAUUGACGAACUCUCAUACCGCCCCAAUCCCGCAGCCUUCCAGCGUCCCAAACCCGCCGCGGCGGUGCAACGCACAGCUGCCACCCCAGCCAACGAUGGCGUAUAUCGCCCUCCACGGAUUACUGCCACCGCUAUGCCCACCACUCGCGGUCGCGAAGAACGAGGGCCUCGCAAGCCAGCCAAGUCCGCCACGAUGGACGAGUUCAUCGCCACCGAGCUCUCCACGGCACCCGUUGCGGAGCCCAGCAUAGGCAGCACGAUCACCUCAGGCGGCCGCCGCACCAAGUCACAGCGCGAGCGGGACGAAGACGCCGAGAGGCGCGCGUACGAGGAGACCAAUCUCGUGCGUUUGCCGAGAGAAAGCAAGAAGGAGAGGGCGAAGAAGGGGAAUAGAGGACGGGAAGGCGGGUAUGGCGGGGAGGAGUGGCGGGGUCUAGGGGCUGGGCUGGAUCGGAUAGACAAGUUGACGCAGAGGAAGGGCGGAACCGGCGGCGCGCUUGAGAGGAGUAGGAAGAGGCCGGUGGAGGAUGGGCCGAGGGGGAGUGGGGCGCAGAUUGGGGAGAGGUUUGAGAAGAGGAGGAAGAUGGUUGCGAGGAAUACGAGGAGAUGA